CCGGCCGGACAUACCAACCAUGAGCCAUACUGAAGCGGAUGCAGAAAAUGCGCAACCCGUCACCACUCAACCCCGAGACCAAAUUCCAAUCAUCAAAUUUUUCAAAUCUAAAAGUCUGUUUCAGCAAUUGGAUGCAACGAUGCGGCAACUCAACACCAAAGAACAAGUUAUCAUCUCUGGAUUAGAAUCUACGUUAAGCACUGUCGUUUCGGUUGCUCAAAAACUCAAAAGUCUUGGCUGUGCCGAGAUUUCAGAAAUUAAGACGGAAGUUAUCUUUAAUGAUGACUACCUCUACAAGCACAAAAUGUCGAUUGUUUUGACUCGUACUCCCAAUUUCAGCGAUGUAUAUGAAAAAAGACAAAUGCAGGCCGAGGAAACGAAACAAUUGAAAAAACAGCUAGCGGCAGCUCGCAUGGAAAGUCAGGAAUUUUUCAGGAGUCUUACCGAACAGCAAGGAACGGAGGAAGUGGCUCAAAAUUCAUAGAAUGCUGUAUACACUAAAACUCAGUGCCAAUAUAACUAUUAAAAUUAUAUUUCCUUCAUAGCAUAAAU